AUGAGAGUUUCUCGGCGGCUGCUUUUGGCGCUCGGCGCACUGGCCGUCACGAGCAGUAUCGCUAUGGUAACUUUCGAUAUCGUAUUCGCCAUCACUCUCACUAAAGAUGACCCCAAAACCAACACUCGAAUAGCAGCUAUCGUCGCAUCUGCACUGGGAGGAAUAUCCGUUCUGUUCUUGUUAAUGCUGCUCAUUAGGCAGACUCGUUAUCGCAAUGGAGCUCAUGUCCAGGACUUUGGACAUGGGCGGCAGCAUACCUAUUUGUUGGCCGGAUUUUCAGGAACACUUGGCAUUGCAUCUGCCGUCGCAUCAGCGCUGCUCUUGAGUAUGAUGAGGAAUAGGAUCGGUUCUAUUCCUAAAAGAACCAUAGCUUCCUCGACCGAAAGAUUGGUGUCUGGGGGUUUCGGGGUGUGGGCGGUUGCACUGUUAUCUCAGGCAUUGUUUGUGAUCUGUCUGGUCAUCAUUCAGAGGAAGGAUUUCCAGCAACAGAUUCAGCCGUACCGUGUCGAAUCUGAAGGCGAGAAGUUCCCCCAAGUGCAGGGUUUGGCCGGGCCACAAUCUGAAAACACACAUCCAAAUACUGGACAUCGAGGGCAAUCUUCGAUGGAGUCCAAAAACGCCUCAUCCCCGAGUGUUCGAUCGCGGGCUGGUUCAGACACCAUCUCCUCAUUUCGGUCGUCAUUAUCUCAUGUGGUCCGACCCAUUACCUCCAAGACCAGGCUCAUCCAAACCGGCUACAAAUCCCCUCAUCGACCGACCUCCAUUGAUUCCGGCCCUCGCGAUUCAUCUACGGAAGACAGCUUUGAUUCCUGGGACACAUCAACAGUUGAUGCCCAAUCGCGACAGGCAGUUGAAUCGGCAUCACCAAUCCCACAACGAUUCCUGGAGACAAUUCCAGCAAGCCCGACGGGUAGUAGAAGCCCAAGUCCAGGGUUUCCACUUGACCUAGAACCUCCUAAGACCCGAAAUAGAAGUCGUAGCUAUAGUCCCUCGAGUAAUCAUAGAGAGAUAUUCAGACAUUCCAGGACAGCGAGUCCAGCGGGAAGCAUGACCGAGGCGCACAUCCACCCCUUAUUCAGAACGGAUUCACCAACGCCGCCGCCAUCUACCACACCCGGUACGGUGGUCACAGCAGCUCCGAAUGCGGGACAAUUGAUCUCGGAUCGACAGAGUAUCCGGACCAUCCACCGAAUGCGAAGUGGGAGUCUACCCGCAAGUCCACUUGCACAUAGCGACAGUUUCGAUAGCGCCAGUAGCAUCGACCCCGCGACCAACGGGGAGGAAUUGGAAAGGAAAACUGCUAACGGAGAGAGAACUCUUACGCCGCCAAUUCCUGACUUCAUAUUGAACGGAGGACCCCGAAAUAGUCUCUCCGGAUACAAUUUGAGGAAGAAAACCCUAGCUGGAUUGGGAAUUGUAGGUGAAACGGGAGAAAUGUAG